GCAGUGUUGCCAGCCACGUCAGGCCUGUAGCAACUGCUUGUCUCCUGCCUCACCAAGGCAAGGUUAGAUACACUCGGCUGAAGACACUCGAAGAAAAAGACCUUGGGAACAAAUUCAGCAUCUUGGCAACCAGGAAUUGCUUUCCUCUCUGUUUCUAGUAGGCCUAGUGAUUAAGCAAGUGUUAUCAUUGCCUGAAGUUACAUAGCUUUCUUUAUUUGGACGUUUCGCAACAUUUUUGCUUUUCCAAAGGGGAAUGUUUGCAUAGCUACAUUGCCGAAGACCCUCCUCAAGCCGUAUUCUCCGUGUUUAAUGGAAACGCACAAUUAUAAGAAAUGGUUGCAUUUUGCGAAUACCAGUGAUUGCUUUCUACGGACCAUCACAGCUGCGGUGCGCGAGGAAGGACGCCUCAGCUUGUUGGACCCCGGGUCGCGUGUGUGUAUAGGCUACGGUUACCGUAUACCAUCAGUUGGACUGCUGGAGUGAAGGUGACUCGCGCCCCCUUUGCAGUCGAGGCAAUGCGGAGAGGAGUCGCAGGCGCUCAUCCGGUACUUCUGCGCUCUGACGGCAGCCUGCAAAAAUAUAUUCUUCUUCUUAGACGGUAGAGAGAGAGAGAGAGAGAGAGAGAGAGAGAGAGAGAGAGAGAGAGAGAGAGAGAGAGGAGAGGGAGAGAAAGAGAGAGCAGUAAUACACCACAGGUAAACUAUCUAUCCUAUCCGUUUUAGGAUAUAUCCUACUGGAGAGGUUUCGACACCACAAACGAUAGAUAGAACAGGAUAUCGGCCAAUAGGUGGUGGUGGAGUUUAGUGGGACGUAGAUUAACAACGUUCUGUAUUAGAGCUGUUUUAUUAGUGGAUGUGUAUGCAUGAGUUCUGCACCGAAUGGGCGCAAGAACCGCCCCAGAUCCGCCGGGAACAUCUUCCAGAUCGGCAAGGCUCCCUACCGAGACCCGGAGAGGAGGGAGAGCACGGAGAGCACCCGCAAAGCCCAGCGCGCCGUGGCGGACUGCAGAAUGAUUGUGCAGGAGUUUAACACGCUUGUGGCGCUGUAUCGUGAGCUGGUCAUCUCCAUUGGCGAGAUCUCUGUCGACUGCCCGUCGUUACGGGCCGAGAUGCACAAGACCCGAACUAAAGGCUGCGAGAUGGCGAGAGCCGCAAACCAGAGCCUGUCAGUCAUUUCAGGGCCUGAGGACGGAGAGAUUCACCCAGAGAUCUGCAGGCUCUUCAUCCAGCUGCAGUGCUGUCUGGAGAUGUACAUCACAGAGAUGCUCAAGUCUGUCUGUCUGCUGGGAUCCCUGCAGCUCCACAGGAAAGGGAAGGAUUGCUGUGGGCCUCCCAGGAUUGACGGUAAGGUGGAUGAGAGCUCAGACAUCCCCAUUCUAGAAGACACCUCCUCCCCCAUGGACUGUCAUCAGCUCUGCUGGCUGGUUACCACAGACAUAGACAAUACUGAGAGGGACAUGAGAGAGAUGAAGAACCUUCUCAGUAAACUCAGGGAGGCGAUGCCUUUACCACUGAAGAACCAAGAUGACAGCAGCUUGCUGAACCUAACUCCCUACCCACUGGUCCGACAGAGGAAGAGACGGUUCUUUGGGCUCUGUUGCCUGGUAACCAGCUAAGGGGCCUGCCCUCCUGGGUUGAAGGCAGGGACGGUAAUGCUUAAGUUGAAGUGUUGUUCAUGGCACAUCCAUAAAGUGUCCUAUGCACAUCAUAAUUCAAGUGUCAAAAGACAAGCUAUAAAAGCUUUGUCAACUGGAAUGACAUACAUUAUUUGCAUGUCACGACCAAUAUAUUUAUUUGCAUUAUGACAUGGUGUCAUAAGAUAUUGACAGUUAUCAUAACAGUGCCCCAUAAAGGAAAGAGCAUAGAAUUAAAUAUUUUGUAAUGUGUCAUGGGCAACACUGCACGUAAAGUGCUACUGCGGCAACAAAGACACCAUUAACCACAAUCCUUCACCACUUGUGUCUCCCACCACUAUAUUACUGCCAUUUCCAAUAUCCAAUACAGUUCUCUCUUUGUUGAAAAGGCUACCCCAUUUUAUAAUUUUAUUUUGUAAUACAAAGAUGAAUUGUAAUUGCAAUGUAAUGAAACCAAUAGUCAAAACAUAUAUUUUAAAUGUUUUGCAACUGCUUUCCUUUUCAUUUGGUACAGAAGUCCAACCUUUUUGUUUGGUACAGAAGUCCAACCUUUUCGUUUGGUACAGAAGUCCAACCUUUUCGUUUGGUACAGAAGUCCAACCUUUUUGUUUGGUACAGAAGUCCAAACUUUUCGUUUGGUACAGAAGUCCAACCUUUUUGUUUG